GAAAAGCUUCCGUCGCCGUUCUAACGUUUGCUCUGCAUUUUAUCUAAUUAGUUAUUGUAAAAUGUACAGUAGGACCAUUUUAUUAUUUUGUUUAUCUAGUGAAAUAGUCAGUGAAUAAAAUAACAUGUGUGCUGUUUAAAUCGUGCGUUGUAACUAAAAAUUAUCGAGCGUUUCAAUGUCCACGAGUUCACUCGGGAGGACCAACAAAGCGGCGGACAUUUUAUUUUGAGUACUCGAUAAUGUAGCGUUUGCGUCGAAAACAUUAAUGUCGUUUUAUGGUUAUAAAUUCGCAUAUCGUUCGCUUACACCUUUCCGAUGCCGAGGGGGGUGAAGCGAGGUCCGGUGGAGGGCGAGGCAGAGGUGGUGGUGCGCGCUGGGGCGUCUCCGUCACACACCAAGCUGCUGGAUGACAGCCCCAGUCAGCCUAUUAGCUAUCAUCUGCUGGACCACGGUUAUGGAGCCACACCACAACACCAGAUUAGAAGAGAGGCGCCAUCCGCACCGCCGAAGACGUCAGAAGCGGUGAAAAGAAGACUGAACCUGAGUGAGAGUAGUUCGGGCAGCCAGGGGCACGUGGUGCCCAUGAAGGCCGACUUCAAGACGCCCAAGCAGAAACGAGUCAAAGUGCUCGUCCCCUACAGCCGACCGUCCAGUUCCAUGAAUAAAAAAUACACCGAACGUUCCAGGUUUGACACAUCAUUAGGCUUACUUACGAAAAAAUUUGUCGACCUACUCAAGUCGUCGUCUAAUGGCGUGCUCGACUUGAACAUAGCGGCGGAGCACCUGUCGGUUCAAAAACGUCGUAUUUACGACAUUACUAAUGUUUUAGAGGGUAUAGGCAUAUUAGAAAAAAGAUCAAAAAAUAACAUACAAUGGAAAUAUGGUGUGGGUGGUGCAGCGGGCCUGGGCUCGGGUCGGGGGGAGAUGGACGAGUGGCGAGCGCAGAGACUUCGUCGGGAAGUGCGGGUAUUAGCGGCCCACGAGAAACGGGUGACGAGAGCUGUGCAAGUGGCAGAGACCGCGCUCUCCCGACUGUCGGGCGAGCACGGCGCCCGCGCCUAUAUAACCUACGCCGAUCUCCGCUCCAUAUCAUACUUCAGGAACCAGACCGUCAUACCCAUCAAGGCGCCACCUGACACUAGGCUUAGCGUUCCACAUCCUGAUGAAAAAGGGUACAUGAUACAUUUAAAAUCAAUGACGGGUGAAAUUGAAGUAUUCCUCUGUCCCAAAGAACGACCACCUUCGCCGACACCCACGUCGAGUCUACCUUCGGAUCCGUUGUUAGAAGACAAUAAGGCGCUGUUGGAGACGCUCAAAGCGCAUCUACAGUCGCUGCCGUCCAGUUCUGUAACGGCCGAUUUCACGACGCCGGUGAAGCGCGAGCCUGUGGAGGAGGUUGCGCGGACGCCGUGCGUCACCGACCCCACGUUACCCCUAGCAACGCCGCACGCGCCGCACUCGCCGCACGUGCCGCACUCGCCGCGCGCGUUGCUGGCGCGCACGCCGCCCGCCACCACGCCGCUUACAACGCCCCUCACUACGCCCGACGCGGAUGGAAGUGCGCGGAAAAUGCGACUAAGGAACGCUUUGAUAGCUGACAGCGACGACUUCGCACCCAUUGGCAGUUUUCAACUUCAGACCGAAGACCAGGAGUCAGAGUCACUGGAGUUGGAGCCUUUCCUCGCGCUGGAGCCGCCGAUGUCUGCCAACGACUACGGGUUCUGCCUAGACCACGACGAAGGCCUCUCGGAACUCUUCGAUUUUGAGUUCUGAGCCAACGUCAUAAAGCAUUAAUUGAUAUUCGACUGAUCCUUCGAGAGACGGUGGCAAACGUUCCGUAUAGUUUUCCUUUUUCGUUUCUGUAAUUAAUGAUACGCAAUAUAUUUAUUUUUAUUGCACAAUCUGCGGCGUGUGUGUUUUUUUGACACACGUGCCGUGGUUGAUUAGGCUCUUGUUUAUUUGCCCACAAUUAUUAUUCCAUCCGGUGAAAUAACACAGAUGCUUAUUUAUGUUAUUAGCGACCCGGAUGUAGAUGUGAAUUCGCAAGUUUGUGAGAAAAAAUUAAGAACUAACAUUUCAAAUAGAAAAAUACCAAUAAAGUAUAUAUAAAAAAUGUGGCACAGAAAUUCGUGAUAGAUGUCUUCUUUCGUUGCUGACGUAUUUUGCAAUUAUUCAAUUUCCCAAGUUACUAAUUGAACCAAAAUAGCAAGUAUAAGUAAAAAUAUUUGUAAAAAGCGGCCAUCAAUGUUUUGAAGUAAAAUUGUAGGUACUUGUGUUUAAUACAGUUGCAACAUUUUUGCCUAUAAAGUUUAUAUUGUAGACCGUACAACCGACCGUAAUUGCAUUUAUGUACAUCGUACAUUCUUGUGUAUUUCAAAGUGUUUCGUUCCACUUUUAUCAAAAACAUUACUAGGAUGUAUCCUUUAUUUAUUUAUGGUCGAUUUUUAUUUGUGUACAGGUAACCAUUUUAUUAUAAAAGAAAUCGACAAAAUCCUCUUGCAGUGUAUGUUUAUAAAUUCAACAGUUAUUGUCACAGUGAAUAUCUACUGAGUGUUAUGAUUUAUGGACCUAUACUCUUCUGAUUGUUGCUUGUAAGAAGAAACCAUUUUGUAUUGGUCAUAAGUUUUAUUUUACAGUAAGACGUUUAAGUCUACUUACUAUUGACCGUGUAUUUAUUUAUUUCUUUGGUGUGGUUCAUUCGUUUGUUGCUGCCGUCUCAGGUGAAUGAUCCAUUAAUAAAUGUUCCUUGAACUAUGGAUGUGUGAGGAGUGAAAUCCGCACGAACUCAACGCGUCAGCGACAACAGAAGCCUCUUUAUAUAAAAAGAUUUAUUAUAUACAACGUUGAUACGUUGGUGAAAUAAGAGAUUAAUCUAAAUGUAUAUAAGCCGCAGGUUCGGCGAGAUUCGAUAUCUACGGCUUUGUGCAGGGUUUCCCGUAAACGUGGAUAUUUAGGGCGCGGAGUGUUAUCUUUUCGAUAGCUUGCUAAAACAAAAUAGCUCUAUUUAAAACUUACUAUAGAGUUGUAUCUAUUAUUAUUUAUUUGACCAGAUUGACGGACAGUAUAACAUGAAUAAAUUCAUCACUAGAAUCAAUAAUAAUCAACUCUAGUUUUAUCAAAUCCGAAUCAAUAUGUUCAAAAUCGUAAUUUCGAGAAUUCACUGAGUCUAUAAAUCUAAAAAAUAUUUAGAGUCCUCCAAACUCUCCACUCCAAAAAUUUGCUUGCGAGACUUGAAUCCAUGUCAACACCAAUCCACGGCAGCAGCAGCAGCAGUCAUACGCUCCAGCGGGUUCCCAUUAAUAGGCUGAUAGAAGAAUGAACCCUAUCCGCAUUGCGCCUGUGUGGCAUAGGGCCUGUGCGGUGCUGCAUAAUCCGUACUCUAUUCCAUUCAUAGUAAAGGCCUGUGUGUCAACAGUGAUAGAUGAUGAGGAUGAUAAGUAUAACAGCAAACUCACACUGGCACGGUGCCCACCUAAGCAACGUGACAGAAACGUGAUUGUCCACCGGCAUGUAGCAUGACUCUGGCAUUACAUUCUAUGAACCCACCAGCGAGGCUUUUCAGAGUAGAACGGCAUUCGAGACAAUCGAUGUCUGAUGAAGAUCAAGAUGAGCUUGCUUAUUUUUCAAAUUUAAAUAUUCAAAACGGUAAUUUUUGGGAACAUCUUAUAUGGAAAAAAGUUAAGAACUGGUUGCACCAUACGUUGUUUUGAAGGAAUUAUAUAUUUAUACGGUCUUUUUUGAACCAAUUCAAUAAAUUUUGUAUUAAAUUCUAUAUCGUCCUAUACUGUAACUGACAUAAUCACUGCAAGUUUCGUGUUGCGCGUCACUUCAUUGUAUCACUAGUAGCACGCUGCGUGGCACGUCAGGUCGUGUCGCGCUACGCCACGCAAAUGGGCCAUACAUUUAUUUUGAAUGUUGAUGCUAGUGGCAAGUUACAUGCCAGAUCAUUUGUCAGAUUACGUGUCACGUUGCUUAGGUGGGCAGAACACCUAAGAGGGCGCGGUUAGUCGCUGCGCGUUGAUUGCGGGUGGCGCGGCCGGGUGUACAUAUGUCGCUCAAACGAAGCCGGCCGCGCCCGUGUACAUAUUAUGAUGUAAUGAACGGUGAUAUUUUAGCGGCCUUCGAAUUUACUUGUAAAGCUAGCUCUAGUACCAGUAGUCAUGCGUUCGCGCCGUUGGGGGGCUAUCGUUUGCGUUCGUCACUGAUUUGCCAAAUAUUUUAGACGAUAUACCUGAAUUUUGACAUGUUUAAGUUUCGUCGUGGGUACUACGUUUAGUUAUUUGAACUUGUAAAUAAUCACCGGCCGGGCGAAGCCGGGUGGACGUUUGUAUAUUUUAUAUUAGAUAUUUUUUUUCUCGUGUGAAAUGUCAG